UUCCGGCCGGACAGGGUCGACUGGGACACAGGGUGUACAACUUGUGGAGAGGAGGAGAGCGAAGUCGGGACGGCAGGUUGACUGGUGAUCUGUGUAGUACCGCGUUUUUGAGCUUCCCCUACAACGAUAAGGCGCUUGUGACUGUCGAAUUGGAAAAGCUAAAUUAAAACCAGCGAUGUCCGCGCUUGCAUCUCGCUUUAUGUCGUUAUGGUCCCGACAGAGUAAUACGCUGUGCUCUCUUACAGCUCGGGACCUCCAGAGCAGAAACAGUCACUGGUUGCCCUCGUUGUUGGCCCUGAAGACCUCUCCCCCUCUCAGAGCGGAGCCCAAGAAGAAGAAGAAGGUGGACCCGAAACGCGAGCUGGCUGCCAGGGACCGUCUGAAGAAGAAGCUGAAGAAGCUGGAGAAAGUCCCCCCUGAGCUCAUCCCCAUCGAGGACUUCAUCACCCCAGCCAAGUACCUGGAUGAAACGAGGGUGCGCCUCCCUCCCCAGCUGUCGUUCGAGGAGAGCGAGCGGCGGGCCCUGCUCCUGAAGGAGUGGGCUCGGUACAAGCAGUCUCAGCACGAGGCCGAGAUGAAGGCCAUCGGCUCAGCCCUGGAGGCCCAGCGGGAGGCCCUGGAGGAGCUGCGGCUGGAGUCGGAGGAGCUGUACCAGGCCGCUGUCCGGCCAGACCUGGAGCUCUUCCCCUUCGAGCGCCAGGGGCCGAGCCACACCCCCCCGAAACCCGGCUACCAGGCGCCCGAUGGCAAAUACAACGACAUCACCAAGGUCUACACGCAGUAGGCGGCAGAUGAAACAGGGAUCCAUUCUGAUCCAGUCCAGGCUUUCCAGUGACUCACAUGAAGGCUUAGUCAGAGGCCCCGUCUGCUCAGCCACUGGUAACAGCCGGGUCGGACUGAAGAGCCGAACUGGACUACACGGAGUUGCGGACUGCACACCACGAGCUUCUCCAUGUGGACAGGUGUCUCAGACUCACACUCGGGGGUGUGUCCCACGUCGGAACAUGUUUUCAUUUCACCUGGACAAAAGCAGUGUUUCUCUCCAGGCAUGCAACUGUAAAAGCAACCGUGACCUUGAAAGCAAUAUAUAGACCUGCCUAAAAACGACUUCACUUGAGAACCCAGGAUUGGAAACAAGAUGCCCUCCAAGAGCUCACCAUUUUCUGUCUAGAUAUUUAAUAAAUUUAUAUAAAAUUCAA